AUGAAGCUCCUCGCUACCAUCACCUUCUUCAGCGCUUUGGCUGCAGCUGCGCCAGUCCUCGACGCACGCGCUACCACCACCGCGAAGACGUCCAGUGCUCUCAAGACCAGCAGCGCAGCGGCCGUCAUCAAGUCUAGCAGUGCAGUCGCAGUGGUGACUUCCAAGACUAGCAGCGCCUUGGUCGUGUCCAAAGCCAGCAGUACCCCAGUCGCCUCAAAAGCCAGCAGCGCAGCACCGGUGGUCUCGUCCAAAGCCAGCAGCGCAGCCGCCGUCUCGUCCAGGGCCAGCAGCGCAGCAGCCACCACGACCACUACCGCACCUCUGCUCGGUGUCAACGUCGGUGGCUCAUCCUCGCCCCUCCUGGGCGUCAAGCUCUCAUCCGCCACGGUGCUCGCUGUGGACGCCAGCUUGGGAGGUUCGUCAGCCAAAGCCUCUACAUCCACCAUCACCGCGGCACCCACUGCCGCUUCGGGUACCGCUCCCACCGCUCUGCCGUCCACCUUCUCUGCCCCCGUCCAGGGACAAGGCAAGCUCACGCUCGACAACCUCCCCGCUAUGCCAGGUGUGAUCGACAAGACCUUCUCUGGUGUUCUCGGUGCUGCUUAUGGCCUCAUGUCUGGCGCAUGCGACGCAUCCUACAGGUGCAACAUCACCGUAGCCGGUACGAUCCAGAACCUUCUUAUCGACGGCAGCAACUACGGUACCAACACCAGCGUGGUGGCAUGGUGCGAGAGCGGACGCUGCUACGGUACUGCCAGUGCGCCCGUGACCGCAACGGCUCCUUUCAUCAUCACCUGCGAUCAGCUCAGCGGCACGCAAGUUUGCUCCGCGACUAUCUCGGGCGCCGCAAACGCCAUCUUCCAGAAUGGAAAGUCGAUCGAACUCUGGGGCUGGGCUACACCCGCCGGAUACUGCCAGAAUGGUGUGUGCACUGCAUCUAUCACAGCUGUUGGCGACCCAAUGUACUGA